CCAAAUAUACGCCAAACAAAUCGAAAUGAAAAUACCAGAAUUUUGUUCCCAUGGUUCAUGAAUAACACAUUUCAGUUUUUUUAAAGUGUUGGCAGAAUUGGAUGAAUACAAAAUCUGGUUUUGAACUGCAGAAGAGGAGUUUAAAUAUCUGUUCUUUCUUUGUUCUCCAAGAAGUAGAAUUCCCAAUAACUCUGAAAUCUGAAUUAAGCCAUAGCAUUGGAAAGGGAAUCAAUGGCUUCAGAGAAAAGUAUGGAGAAAGGGAUCCCACAAAAUUCGUCUAAAAGGCGAAAAGGGGGGUUCAUCACCUUGCCAUUCAUCAUAGCAAAUGAGGCGCUUGAAAAGGUGCCAAGCUAUGCGUUGGUGCCAACCAUGAUGCUAUACUUGAAGAGUAACUAUCACAUGACCAUUGCCGCAGGGCACAAUCUUAUAAACCUUUGGCAAGCUUUUAGCAAUUUUGCACCUAUUUUGGGUGCCUUCUUCGCUGAUUCUUACAUGGGUCGUUUUGUUACCAUUGGCUUGGGUUCAAUUUCCAGCUUCCUGGGUGUGACAAUUCUAUGGUUAACAGCCCUUUUACCACAGGCAAGGCCUCCUCCUUGUGACCCCUUAACUCAAAGCUGCAAAUCUGCAACAGCAGGCCAGCUGGGUAUCCUAGCCUGUGCCUUGUUUUUCAAGUCCAUGGGGGCGGGCGGCAUUAGGCCAUGUUCCAUGCCAUUUGGUGCUGAUCAGAUGAGCAACAAAAGCGAAAAGAGCCUGGAGAGCUACUUCAGCUGGUAUUAUGCUGCAGCAUCCCUUGGUGGUUCGCUUGGUUUGACGGUUGUCAUUUACAUUCUACAAAUAUAUGGGUGGAAGGUGGGAUAUGGAGUUUGCGCAUUUCUAAUGCUUCUGGCGGCUCUGGCGUUUUACAUUGCUUCUCCCCUCUAUGUUAAGCUGAAAGCAAGCACAAGCCUCUUCACUGGCUUUGUACAAGUUGUUGUGGUUUCUUAUAGGAAGAGAAAUCUCCCAUUUCCAUCUCAAAAAUCAGGUUACCAUCACGGAGAGGAUUCAAAAAUUAUUUUCCCAAGUGAGAAAUUAACGUUUAUGAACAAAGCGUGCAUCAUUACAAAUACUGAACAGGAGAUAGGCCCAGAUGGAUUGGCUUUGGACCCCUGGAGACUCUGCACAGUUCAGAAAGUCGAAGAGCUUAAAGCACUUCUUAAGGUCUUACCAAUAUGGUCUACAGGGAUCGUGAUGGCGAUAGCUGGAAGCCAACACUCGUUUCCGGUACUCCAAGCUAGUACCAUGAACAGGCAAGUUUUUGGAGGCUUCCAGAUACCAGCAGCCUCUUUAACCGUGAUCGUCUACGGCAUUGCAGUGGUUUGGGUUGUUCUUUAUGAGCGUGUGAUAAUUCCAUUGGCAUCAAAGAUCAAGGGUAAACAAGUAUAUAUCAGUGUUAACUUGAGGAUGGGACUUGGUUUAUUCCUCUCGGUCAUAGCCUUGGGAUUUACAGCAAUGGUUGAGAAUGCCAGACUAGGCAAAAUAAUCCAGGAGGGGCAUGUCAAAGAUCCUAGUGCAAUAGUAAAUAUUUCAGUAAUGUGGCUUCUCCCACAGUAUAUCGUGAUGGGCGUGGCUGAGGCUUUGAGUACACUUGGGCAAUUCGAGUUUUAUCAUCGGGAGUUCCCAAAGACCAUGUCAAGCAUUGGUAAUUCCCUGUUCUUCCUGUCACUGGCAUUGGCACACUUACUGAGUAGUGCUCUCUUUAACAUUGUCAACCAGACUACUUCACCGAGUUGGGUUGCAGACAAUCUUAAUGAGGCUCGCUUCGACAAUUACUACUGGCUUCUUGCAGGGUUGAGUCUUGUCAACGUGUUUUAUUACAUCAUUUGUAUCAGUUCUUAUGGAUCCACCUCAGAUGUCAUGGAUGAAGGAUAUGUAUCAGAGGAGGAGUAAUAAACCUUAGAGUAGUCAGGUUUGGGGAUGAAGGAAUUAAAAAGCUCGGACGAGCAAAAAGACUUAUCUCGGUCGGUCUUGGAUCUUGCCAGCCUGGUUUAUGGUUUGGCAGGCUAUCGAGCCCU